AUUUAUUUUGUUCGUCGGUGGUCAUUUCCGACUUCUUGUCCACCUGUUUGGUUGACCGCCUAGCCUAACCUCUCUUUCCUGUUAUCCUUUACAUCCAACGAAACUGUUUAUGUUGUAAGUUAGUAAAAAUGACUACAGCUAUUUCAAAGAAAAGAAAGUUUGUUGCAGAUGGAGUAUUUAAAGCGGAACUCAACGAGUUUCUAACUCGAGAACUUGCCGAAGAUGGUUACUCCGGGGUGGAGGUGCGAGUCACUCCCACCAAAACUGAGAUCAUCAUCAUGGCCACCCGAACACAGAAUGUGUUGGGUGAGAAAGGGAGACGUAUCAGGGAGUUGACGUCUGUUGUCCAAAAGAGAUUUGGCUUCCCCCCUGAUUCUGUUGAACUAUAUGCUGAGAAAGUGGCGACUAGAGGACUCUGUGCCAUAGCUCAGGCUGAAUCUUUGCGUUACAAGUUGAUUGGUGGACUUGCAGUCCGAAGGGCUUGCUAUGGUGUUCUGCGGUUCAUCAUGGAGAGCAGAGCCAAGGGCUGCGAGGUCGUGGUGUCUGGCAAGCUGAGAGGUCAGAGGGCCAAGUCUAUGAAGUUCGUGGAUGGCCUGAUGAUCCACAGUGGAGAGCCUUGUAGAGAGUACGUGGAUACUGCCACUAGACAUGUACUGCUCAGACAAGGGGUAUUGGGUAUCAAGGUGAAGAUUAUGUUGCCUUUUGACCCUGAUGGCAAGAUUGGUCCAAAGAAGCCCCUUCCUGAUAACAUCUUUGUGGUUGAGCCUAAAGAAGAAACACUGCCUACCAUUCCCACAAGUGAUCACAAAGCAUCAGCAAAACCUGAUACUGUGGUGCCUGCUGCUAUUGUAGCUUAAAUAAAAAGUAUCUUUCUUUUGUAUGUCUCA